AACAGAGACAGUCUUCAGGGCAAGCCGGGCGCGGGGCUGUUCCCGGCUGAAUACCACGCGGAGGCUUUGCAGCAUGGCCAGAACAUGGCUCCGCUGGACCUGAACCACACCCACUUCAUCCUGGUGGACGACGGGACAACCGGCAGGUUCAGCGGCGCAGACAUCAGCGUCAGGACUCGCCUGGAACAACACAUCAUGGAGCAGACCACAGGCGAGGGGCUGAAAGACCUGAAGAUCCCGGUCGUGCUACUCGUGGUGGAGGGGGGUCCGGGGACGCUGAAGAACACGAAGGAGGCGGUGGAGAAGAAGAUUCCGGCGGUGAUCAUCGACGGCAGCGGCCGGGCGGCCGACGUCAUCGCGUACGGCUUCAAACGCACACGCAAAAAGGACAAUAAACCCCUGACGAUGGAGGAGGUCGGUAAGAAGCUGAUGUCGACGUUUGAGCUGGAUUAUGACUCGAGCGGGGAGCCUCCGCCAAAAGCCUUCGAACUGCUGGACCAGCUGAACUACAUACUACAGGACCCCAGUCUGGUGAGUACAGCCUAACCCUUCAACCCUGACCCUUCAACCCUAACCUUUCAACUCUGACCCUUGAACCCCAACCCUUCAAUCCUACUCUUCAACCCAACCCUUUAGCCCUAAUUCUUCAGCCCUAACCCUUUAACCCUAACCCCGCAACCUUAACCUCUCAACCCUAACCCCUCAACCCUUAAACCCCUCAAUCCUAA